UAGCGUCUACAUCAGGCCAAAUAACCAAAUGUUCAAGGCAAAACAAACAUCUUUUCUGGUAAUGGUGUUCUCUCUCUGCUUUCACCCAGUGAUCCUGUCCUGCCUAACUCUGCCUGUUUUCUCUUGGUAGGUGGCUGUGGGGUUCCCACCAGGCUGACCUUUGCUGAGCUCAAUGAGGAGCACAGAAAUGAGAUUGAUUUCUCUGUUGGGAAGACUGUGGGAUACACUUGUCGGCCCGGAUUUGCUAAGCACCCAGGAAUGUCACCCACAAUUACAUGCCUGCAGAGCGGAGUGUGGUCAGAAGCACUCGAGUUCUGUAAAAGGAAACAAUGCAAUCACCCCGGGGAACCCGAGAAUGGCCGGAUUACAGCCCUGGCAGACCUCUUCUUUGGGUCAACAGUGGUCUACAGCUGUGAAGAAGGGCACAGGCUGAUCGGGAAGUCCAGCCGGCGAUGUGAGAUCUACGGGGGACGCGUUGCAUGGUCCGGUGACAUUCCCACCUGCCAGCGUAUUCCCUGUAAGGCCCCCCCCAGCAUUCCCCAUGGGAAGCACACGGGACGGCUGCUGGAUGAGUUCCACUACGGCACCUCGGUCACCUACAGCUGCGAGCCCGGCUACCCAAUGCACGGGAAUGCCUCCAUCUUCUGCACCACCCAAGAUGGGAAAAACGGGGUGUGGAGUGGGCCCCCCCCACUGUGUGGAGAAGCAGGAUGCUCUGCCCCGCAGAUCCAGAAUGGGAGGAUAGUGCCAGCUCCUCGGAGCACCUACGCACACAAGGACACCGUCACCUUUGAGUGCGAGCCAGGCUACGUCAUCCGUGGCCCCAGAGUGGUGCAGUGCCAGCAGAACAACACCUGGCAGCCCCCAGUGCCCACCUGCGAGCAGGCUGGCUGCAGGACACCUCCCAGGCUGGCGUUUGCUGAGCUGAAGGAGCCCUACAGGAACCAAACUGCCUUCCCUGUGGGUGGGACUGUGGAGUACAUGUGCCAGCCUGGCUACGCCCGGCACAUGGGGAUGUCACCAACCAUCACGUGCCUCAGGAAUCAGAGCUGGUCUGUGGCACUGGAGUUCUGCAAAAGGAAGCAAUGUGCAAACCCUGACGACCCACAGAAUGGCAGAGCCAUGGUCCUGACUGACCUCCUCCUUGGGUCCAAAGUGAAUUACACGUGUGACGAGGGAUACAAGCUUAUCGGGCGUUCGCAGAGGACAUGCGAGGUCUCUGGCACACGCGUUGCAUGGAGCGGAGAUGCUCCCACCUGCCAUCGUAUUGUCUGUGACCCACCCCCAGACAUCCCACAUGGGACGCACAGUGGGGGAUUGAUGGAUGCCUUCCCCUACGCGACUGUGGUCACUUACACAUGUGAGUCAGGCCGUGUUUUGGCUGGGACAGCCUCCAUCUUCUGCACCACCGUGGAUGGGGAGCGCGGUGCAUGGAGCGGGCCGCCGCCGCGCUGCGGAGAUGUGCAGUGUCCUCCCCCUCCAAACAUUGCCAAUGGGAAGCACAGCAGCCAGCCCUCGGACACGUUCCUGCCCGGUGUGGCUGUUCAGUACACCUGUAAGGAUGGCUAUUUGCUCACUGGCAAUGCAUCCAUCACCUGCACUGCUGCAGGAACCUGGAGCCAGCCCCGGCCACGCUGUGAAGCACUAGGUUGCAGAAGACCUGAGAUUGAGAAUGGAAGAGUGACUGGGCCAGAGUCCGUCUAUAUGACUGAGGCCAUCGCUGUCUUUGAAUGCAAUUUUGGUUACGCCUUAAAGGGCUCUCAGGAGUCUCAGUGCCAGUUUGGGGGCACAUGGGAUCCUCCUGUUCCCACCUGUGAAAAGAUGCUGCAGUGUCCUUCCCCUCCAAAUAUCACACACGGUCAGUACAGCAGUGAGGAUGUGAAAGUGUUUGUCCCCGGAACCUCUGUGAGGUACAAAUGUGACCUGGGGUACGUCCUCACGGAGAAAACAGCAGUGACUUGUUUGACAUCUGGAGUGUGGAGCAUCCCUUACCCGCGGUGCGAAGUGGUCACCUGCAUGAGCCCUAGCAUUAAGCAUGGAGAAGUGGCUGAAGGGCAGCAAGCUGUCUAUCAUCCUGGGACCAUCAUCACCAUCCGGUGCCACCCAGGCUACAUGCUGCGGGGCAGCCAGGAGCCCAAGUGCCAUUCCGAUGGCCGCUGGGUCCCCUCUAUCCCCAGCUGCGAGCCAGCGCUGCCUUGCCCUCCACCACCCACCAUUGCCCAUGGCACACAUGAUGCCGAGCUCGGGGCCAACUUCACCAGUGGAAUGUCUGUGAACUACAGCUGCCAGCCUGGCUUCUCCCUGCUUGGGGACCCCACUGUCCGGUGCCUGGAAGGGAGCUGGAGCCUCCCGUACCCACGCUGUGCAGUUGGAUGUGGGACACCAACAGUGUUACAGUUUGCUGAGUUAAACAAGGAGUAUAGGGAUUGGACUGAGUUUCCAGUUGGGACCACAGUGAAAUACACCUGCCAGCCAGGAUAUGCCAGACAUUCACAGAUACCACCCACUAUUACGUGCCUUGAAAAUCAGACAUGGUCUGAAGCUAAGAAGUUUUGCAGACGGAGAAGGUGUGAACAUCCAGGAGAACCAGAAAAUGGCAGAGUUAUUGUUACAACAGAUCUCCUCUUUGGAUCAACUGUGAAUUACACUUGUGAUGAGGGGUACAGGCUAGUUGGAGCUUCUCAGCGACACUGCAUGAUUUCAGGCUCCGGGACACGAGUGACAUGGACUGGGGUCAUUCCUGUCUGCCAGAGUAUUGUUUGUGACCCACCUCCCGACAUCCCGAAUGGAACACACAGUGGGCACUUGAUGGAUGCCUUUCCCUAUGCAGCUGUGGUCACAUACAUCUGUGAGCCCGGCCUUGUGCUGGCUGGGACAGCCUCCAUCUUCUGCACCACAGUGGAUGGAGAGCACGGGGCCUGGAGUGGACCAGCACCACACUGUGGAGGAGGGCAGCUGUGUCCUUCCCCACCAGUGAUUGACCAUGGCCAGCAUGAUGGCAUGGACGUGGACUUCAUCCCUGGAAUGUCCGUAAAUUACAGCUGUGACCCUGGCUAUUCUCUUACUGGAACAGCAGCUCUGUACUGUACUGACAAUGCAAGCUGGAGCAGCCCUCAGCCCCUCUGUGAAGUGUUACAAUGUCCUUCGCCUCCAAUUAUCGAUGGAGGCAAUCACGACAGCCAGGAUGUGGAAGUUUUCUUUCCUGGGAUGGCUGUGAACUACAGCUGUGAUCCUGGCUACAGCCUGCUGGGGGAAGCAUCCAUUUACUGCAACGAGUCUGGAAACUGGAGCCUGCCCGCUCCUCAGUGUGAAGCAGGUAGCUGCGGUGUUCCUCCAAGACUCAGCUAUGCUGAGCUGGCCAAGGAGCACCAGAACACGACAGCCUUUCCCUCUGGGAGCACGGUGCGCUACGCCUGCCGCCCAGGAUUCAUGAGACUCCCCACAGUGCUGCCAGUUCUGACGUGCCUCAAAAACCACACGUGGUCUGAUGUGCGAGAGUUCUGCAAAAGGAAAGAAUGUAAUUAUCCCGAAGCACCACAGAAUGGCAGAGUUGUUGUUCUGACAGAUCUCCUGUUCAGGUCCAUCGUGAACUACACAUGUGAAGAAGGGUACCGGCUGGUUGGACAGUCCCUGCGGCGCUGUGAGCUUUCUGGAGCAGAUAUUGCAUGGAGUGGUGAUCCUCCCACUUGUCAGAAGGUGGUGUGUCCAGUGCCACAGAUCCAGAAUGGGAGAGUAUCCAUUCCCAAACAGCGCUACAGAUACAAGGAUACUGUCAGCUUUCAGUGCCAUGAAGGAUUUGUGCUGAAAGGCCAUUCCACGGCCCAGUGCAAAGCUGACAAAACAUGGGAUCCUCCCGUGCCCGUCUGUGAGCAGGUGGUAAAGUGUCUACCUCCUCCAAACAUCAUCAGUGGGGAACACAGUAGUCUCUCAGAUACUUUUGGCGUCGGUACAGUCGUGCACUAUCACUGCAAACCUGGCUUCUUCCUCAUUGGCAAUAAGUCCAUCCGCUGCACACCGCAUGGGGUCUGGAGCCAUCCUCUACCUCGGUGUGAGGCUGGCUGCGUGAGCCCAGGGGUUGGGCGUGGAAAAGCUAUUGGAUCAGAAUCUCUCUACAUGCCUGGAGACAUUAUCACAAUUGAAUGCAACACUGAUAAUAUCUCAAAAGUCCUCCACAAGUCCCAGUGCCGAUCUGGGGGCACAUGGUUUCCUCCACUCCCUGCCUGUGACCGAGUGCUGCACUGUUCCAAGCCCCCAGCUAUCCUCCACGGGGGCCACAGUGGCCUGGGAAAAGCAGUUUUCACUCCUGGAACAUCUGUAAACUACAGCUGUGAGACUGGCUUCUCUCUCAUUGGGAUGGCAUCCAUUUACUGUACAGAGUCUGGAGCCUGGAGCCAUCCUUUUCCGGUCUGCCAAGUCGUGAAGUGUCCCCACCCUCCAGCUAUCACCAAUGGGAAGCUCCAAGGCAACACUUCAGACACUUUUUUCUAUGGAGCAUCUGUGUCCUACAGCUGUGAUUCUGGUUAUUCACUCACUGGGGAUGCUUUCAUCACCUGCACAGCAUCAGGAACCUGGAGCCAUCCUCCUCCUCGAUGCAAAGAGAUCAGUUGUGUAUUCCCAGAAGUUCAAGGUGUUAAGAAAACCACGGCUGGAAAAACGUACAGAAUUGGGACUAACAUCACUCUUGAAUGUGAUGACGGGUACACGUUGGAAGGCCUCAGUCAGAUUCAGUGCCAGGAGGACUUCAGCUGGGACCCUCCCGUGCCAGCCUGUAAACUCACUUCACCCAGGUCUGGCUCAGUAGGGCUAGGAAUUGCAGCUGCAGUCGUUCUGCUUCUCCUGGGUGUGACCAUUGGCUGGAAAAUUAUUUCUAAGCAGAAGGAAGGCUACUACCGUACAUAUGAAAACUACAAUCAUAAAACCUCUCCGGACUAGAUGACAGAACAGAAAUGUUCACAUCUUGCAUGGCAGGCUGAGCCCGGUGCUGCCCAUAACCGGCAUUCGAGGCACUCCUCCACACUGGGACUGAACCAAGAAAGCACUUCAACACAAAUCAACCUUCAUGCUCCUCCUGCUCCAUUAAUUAAAGCAGUGUAAGGGUCUAACGAAGCUCAAGCUGUACAGAAGCCCAUCAGAGGACAUCCCGCACUGCACCUGCUCCUAUCUCUGCAAACCCUGAGCUGAGGGAGAACCGCAGCGCUUCUGUAAUAAAACCUGAAGGCAGGAUGGCA